UUAUUGGUUUGGUCAUGAUGACAACACCAUUAUGAUGAUCUAACUGCGUCGUUAUUGUUGUUGCGUCUUAAGAGAAAAACGUUAUCAAUAAAAUAACUAAAUAGAUAAAAAAUAGUGACUGCAAACAAAAAAAUUGCAAAAAAAACAACGUAAAAACAGUGACAGCUGAAAAGAGAGGGAGAGAUGGCAACCGAGUCGACGUCAAGCACCACAGAUACUUUCGGCUUUGAAUUGAUUCACAAAUUGUCAGCUAGUCAAAUAAACAAGAAAGAGGACGUGCUUGUUCUUCUGGUACACUGGCACCUAGUGAAGAAUGGAUUCAAGUGCCUUGGCUCCGGAGAUGCUAAGACCAUUGGCCCUUCCGAAGAGGGAUCGGAACUGUUACCAGAGGGAUGGAGUCAAGAACUAAAUUAUUCGCUUCGCUACAUCAAGGAGGCAAAACUGUACAUUCUGAUGGCAGUGAAAUCUGAUAACGACCUAAUUUUCAAUUUUCUGAAGGUCGAGAGUCAUGCAGUUUCUAAUGUACAGUUUCCAAUCGAUACUGUCAAAGCACUUCAAGGGCCCCUGGCCGUGUUGGUGCCAGACUAUGAGCAAGUUCUGAAUUCUUUGAAAAUUAAUCUUAUAGAACCUGUCUCUACUGGCAGUGGAGUCGAGGUCUCUACUCAAACUUCCGAAUCUCAGACCAACAGACCCAGAAGGGACCCAGACGAUGACCCACUUAGGGUAGGGCCACCACACAGACCGAUUGGUCAAGUAAUGCCAGGGCACCCUCUUGGACCUGCAAAUCCGUUUGAUAUAGGUCGAGAUGACUUGGAUCCAUUUAGACAGGGAAGAGGAGGAAUGCUGUUUGACCCAUUUUCCAGAGGGCCUAACAUACAUCCAUCUCCAGGUAUUGGAAUACCUGGCAGAUUACCACGUGGGUCUGUUCCUCCUGGUGCACGAUUUGAUCCAUUUGGCCCUCUACCUGAUGAUUUUCCACAUAACAGGCGGAAUCCACCAGACGGUGACCACUUUCCACCUCCCGGUAAUUAUGACGCGUACAUGUAAGAAAAAUUUCAACAAAGCCUCGAGUCCUACCAUCUAAGAAAUUUAAAAAAUAACGAACAACUGUAAUA